CCGUUCGUGGAAGUUAAAAGGAAAAAGAAAAGAGAGAAACAACUAAGUCAGAGACAGAACACACCCACAGAGAGACAGAGAGACAGAGUUUUUCAGCUCCUAUACCAUACCAGUCUCUGCUUCCGAUUUGAUUGUUUGGAGGGUGUUGUUUCCCCACUGAUGUUCCCGAAUCAAGGUUGCGGUACAUAUCAGCAGUUCAGAUCAAAUGCCAUCACUAAAAAUGAAGCACAAUUUGAGCAUGCACUGUUUAAAAGAAAAAUAUGGUCUUCAUGUCUGCCAAAAGUCGAGUAAAGUUUCCAAAAAAUCAUGCUCAUAUGUCAGGAUUACUGAACAAACAGCAGAAUUUGACACCUGUAUUCACAAAUGUCAGGAUGUUUCUUCAAGCACCCAAGUGCCCAUUGAGAACGUUGAAAGCAAUGAAGCUACAGACUGUGCCGAAUUGCCUAAUGAAGAAACUUCUCAGUUUCAGACACAGCCAUCAUUCUUUGUAGAUUCUACAACCAUUGAAAGAAUGGAAUCUACUCACAAUUCAAACUUAGAGACAAUUUUCUCUCCUGCUUUGGAGCCCAUUGAAAACGAUACUGAACUAAAAGCUGACGGUGAUACAGGGAAUAACAAUGAUCCUGACAUGCCAAGGUUGGGAGCUGAUGAUAGUGAUGAUAAUAGAAGCUCAUCUGAUUAUCAAACUUGUGAUGUAUCAGAUUUUUAUAUAUCUGACAUGGUUGUUGCUAGCUUACCUGUCAAUGAGAAUGCUUUUGAUGGUGAUAUUGGUGAUGCAAAUUUUUUUCCUAGUUACGAUUAUACUGAGCCAAGUAUGUUGUUUGAUGUGGCUGAGCAAUACAUAAUGUUGCCUUUCCUUGAGGAAACUGUGAAAAUGAGUGAUAUCAAUGAUGCCCAAUCUGGUGAAGAAGCCUUAAAUGACUCAGAUAAUAACAGCUUGUACCUAGCAAUUGAUCAGAUGAGAUCCUGCAACCAGGAAUUUGAUGUUAACUCUGACUCAGAUCAGGCAGAGUGCUUUGAUCCGCAAGUUUUCAUAAAAAAUUUACCAGAACUAUCAGAUGUGGUGUCAAACUUUCAGGCAACUAUUUUGCCAAAGGAAACUCAGAACAGUAAAGCUGUAACACUAGUACUUGAUUUGGAUGAAACACUUGUCCACUCUACAUUGGAACACCGUGAUGACGCAGACUUCACCUUCUCUGUUUUCUUCAAUAUGAAAGAGCACACUGUAUAUGUGAAACAGAGGCCUUACCUCCACACGUUCUUGGAGAGAGUUGCGGAGAUGUUUGAAGUUGUUAUUUUUACUGCAAGCCAAAGCAUCUAUGCAGAGCAACUUCUUGAUAUACUGGAUCCAGAUGGAAAGCUUAUAUCUCGCCGAGUUUACCGUGAAUCAUGCAUUUUUGCAGAUGGCAGUUACACUAAAGAUUUGACAGUUUUAGGUGUUGAUCUUGCAAAAGUUGCCAUAGUUGAUAAUUCUCCACAGGUUUUCCGGUUGCAAGUCAAUAAUGGGAUUCCUAUAAAGAGUUGGUUUGAUGAUCCGUCAGACUGUGCACUAGUUUCAUUACUUCCUUUCUUAGAGACCCUGAUUGAUGCCGAUGAUGUCCGUCCAAUCAUUGCCAAGAGAUUUGGUAACAAGGAAUAAGAGCCCCUUUUCUUUCUCAUUAGCUUGAAUAUAGCAGCUCCUUGUCCCUCCUGUCUAUUUUUAAGCAAAAAUUUGGCUUCUAAUUUAGAUGCUGAGUUCCAUUUCCUCUUUGAGCUCUUGAAAUAAUUAGCUAUACAAUAAACUAUUUCUUGCCUAAUUGUUGGGUCAGCUCUUGGUGUUUGUUCCGUUCCUUUUCUCCUCUUAGCUGACAAGUUUAUGGAGUGGUUUCUCUAAUUUUGUUGAAAGUUAGUCUUAUAGAUUUUCUCUUAUAUAUUUAAAAUGUACAGUUGAAGUUGCUAUUUGAUCGUAAGGAGGUGUAUAUGAAUUGUUAUAAUAUUGUGAAAUAUAAUUCUUGCAGCCUGCUGCUUGCUUUCCUAUCCUCUGACCUGAGUUUUUCUUUAAUAGUUUUUUUAUUGCUCUUUAUUAUUCUUCCAUCUUUUAUGAAGAAAUACUGUCAAAAUAUGCUUAUGCUAGUAGUAAGAGGUUAUCUUUUCUACUUGUCUAUUCAUUUCUACAAAAUUGUUUGAGGUUUUGACUGUUAAUUCAUUGUUCAUUUUCAAAAAUAAACUAGGAAGUACAUUUAGUGGGAUUAUAAUAUCAUUAAUAUGAACUAUCUUUUCUUUCAGUCACACUUAUGAAAUGUAUGGUGAAUUCACAAGGAAAUGAUUUAACUAUUUCUAUAGAUGAUUGCUCAUGGGAAUCACAAUUAAAUUUCUUUCAGAAGCUAGUUAUCAAAAACGAAUAUCCCAAAAAGCAAAGGUAAACUAAGAUCACAAAAAAUUGAUGCUAUUCCAACUAUCCAGUUGACAAUUGCAUGGUUACCUAAAGGAAAUUACUGUGUAAGUUGAAAUUUGAAACAUAAAACAGUGAUUAAAAAGUACAAGAACUUAUCAAACCCAGUUUAAUAAAUUCUCUUACUUAUCUGGGGGAAAAAAUGUAAACUAAAAUUCUGAUAAGGUUUUGGAGACCUGUUGGGUGAUAAAUAAUACCUACUUUGUUGGUUAAAGCUGAACCUUCAUUUUCUCUUUGUUGCAAUGUAGUCUUUUAUUUUUAUUUCUUUCCCGUUCAUAUCUUCAGAAAACCAUCUCCUUAGCUUUAGGUUUAAUUUCCUCCUUGCUACUAGUAUUACUCCAGUUUUCUAUAGCUUGCUCUUGGACAGGCAUGUUUGUGUAGGAUGCAAAUGUGGAGUGAUUUUGAAUUAGUUGUAUAGCUGGAGUAGUCUGCAAAGAGGGGGAUCUUUAUGAGCAUAUCAGUCUAGUUGUAACUAGUAAAAUAUAUUGACUUUUAACAUAUUUCCAUCUCUGCUAUAUGUGUAGCAAGUCAGUAAUUUAUUUGCUAAUUUAUUGAUAGUAAUGCACAUCCAAUAAUAUUUAGUUUGAAUCAUGACUGCUCUUAGAGUUAUAGGCCAUUGCCUGUAUUAAUAAAUUGAAUAGAAGACAUGGAGUCAUAGAAUUGGAAUUAAGAUUAGUUUAACUAAGUUGAAAAGAUCUCAUAGAGCUAGUUUUGAGAGGAAACUAUGUUCUUUCUCAGGAAGUUUGGGUUUGAGAUGUUCUAAUGCUUGAAGAGGUUAAAUUUAUGCUUUGAUUAAGAACUCAACUGACUGACCUAGCACCCUCAACACCUAAGUUUACCUUACUAGUGACAUUACCGUGGGGUGGGGUAGUUUACCUUACUAGUGAAAUUUCUUAGGAGGCUACCUGUGCUGAAUUAGAAUCUCCUGUAUUGGAUGAUCUGAAUUGUGAAAACCUUUUACGAUUUGAAUUAGAAACUUAUGAGAUGAUAUAUGGGCAAAGGGUUAGGAAAGGUAGUACUCUUGAUAUGGGGCUAUGUUUGAAUUGGUGAAUUAAGAAUUAUAUGAAUGGAAGUGGUUGGUCUGUUGAGAGACACCAUUGAGCAGAUUGUGAAGAGAAAAAUGGUUUGAACUUGUUAACUACAUUGAAGAAUGGGGGAAACAGAUGAUGAGUUAUGGGUGUAUAAAUUACCUGAUUAUCGCUGCUUGUCAUGAUCCUGUGCUGUAUAUAAUAAUCCUUUAUACUUUCACAAUUUUGUAUGCCUUUUCUGCAGGUCGUUUGAAGAAACCUAAUAGAAUAUCU